CGCAUGACACAGCGUCCGUCAUGCCCGUGGUGCUCGACAGACUGCCCCUGCCUAACCUGACUUGGUACACGGGCCUCAGUGUGGUGCUGCUCGCCUGUUCUGUGUACUAUGCUGGCGUCCAGGUCACUCUCAACCCCAACUGGAAGGAGAGACUGCUGGAGAAGACUACCGGCAGCGAUGAUGAGGUGUCCCUCUAUCACGUCAGCGGCGGGGGUCAUGAGGCCCCCGGGGGUGAGGGGCGCCACAUGACCCCAUAUCUCAUCCCAGAGGUCAUCAGUUUCAUGUUCCACGAGCCUCUCUGCAUUUGGACUCUGAUCAACAUAGCGUACUGUGUCCUUAUCCUGCUUGGCACUCUCAUCCAGCGCCUGGUGUUUGGGGAGCUGCGUGUCUCAGAGCAGCAGCACAUCAAGGACAAGUUUUGGAAUUUUGUAUUUUACAAGUUUAUUUUUGUCUUUGGUGUGAUGAAUGUGCAAGCCAUGGAUGAAGUUGUUCUGUGGUGUUCCUGGUUCAGUGUCUUGGGGUUCUUGCAUCUCCUUGCACAGCUCUGCAAAGAUCGCUUUGAAUAUCUGUCCUUCUCAGCCACCACCCCACGCCGCACACACAUCCGCCUGUUGGGUCUCCUCAGCAUCAUCCUCACUAUAGCCACAUUUUGCCUCUUCAUAUGUGUGGUGGUUGGCUGUCACUCUGGCUUCAACACCUUUGCCUUCAUGGUUGCUGAGUGUAUACUCCUGAUUGUCCGAACUCUGUAUGUAAUCACCCGCUACUGUAUCUACCUCUGGGACGUUACCCAUGAAGGGUUGUGGGAGAAACGUGGGCGUUAUGUGUACUUUACUGAGCUGGUGUUUGAACUGAGUGAGUUGGUGAUUGACAUGGUCCAUCACAUUCACAUGCUGGUGUGGGGUAACAUGUUCCUCACCAUGGCAUCUCUAGUGAUAUGCAUGCAGUUGCGGCUCCUCUUCUACCAGCUCCAGCACAAAAUCAAGUCUCAUCGGAAUUACCUGCGUGUGCUUCAGCUCAUGAACAUGUACCCUGAGGUGAGUGGUGCAGACAUCUUGGCUGAGGACAGCACAUGUGCCAUUUGCUGGGAGCACCAGGAAACUGGCCGUUGCCUCCCUUGCUCCCAUGUCUUUCAUGCAUCCUGCCUACUAGCAUGGCUACACCAAGAUCUUUCAUGUCCGACAUGUAGGCACAAGUUACAUAAACUAGAACCUAAUGAGACUGCAUCACUACUGGAUGGCUUGUUGCCCACUGGUGAAGAGAAUGGCCUGGGUCAAGACAACAGAGUCAAUGAUGCACAUGGGGCAGGGAGUCCCUUCCCCUCUCCUGCUGCACCCGAAGGUUCUGGCACUCCGGGUUGGCGCUAUGUCUCCUGGCUGCCCAGUUUUAGUGUUGAGCAGAGCCACACACAGCUCCCCCGACACCAACAAGCCAGUGCACAACCUGCAUCAACAUCUCAAUUGGAUGGGCUUGCUAGACAGGUGCAGCAGAUGUUUCCUGAUGUUUCUUAUUCACAUAUUUUGGAGGAUUUGAGGCACACCCAUUCCUUAGAAGUUACAAUUGACAACAUUUUAGAACAGCGCUUGGUUAAUCCUCCACCAAUGUUCACCUCUCAUAAUAGUCACAGUUCUUUAUAUGAUGGCACACAUGAAGAAACUGAAAACAGCCCUCAGUCAAAUGUGGAUGAGGAUGUUAUUGAAGAAGAGGAACACUUUCAAGAUGCACUGUCACUCCUGCAGAAUAAGUCAUGUUUGCCUGAGCUCUCUUUAAAGACCAGCAGCAGUUCCUGUGAAGAUUCCAGUGACACAGAUUCUGAUGGAAGUUGGUCACCUGUUGGAUCUUUUGGAACUGGUGGCCGGUUCAGCAAAUCCCCAAGAGAGAGAGAACAAAUGCUGGCUCAGCGAAAGUCUGCACUGUUAUCUCAAGCACGUCGACGAUUUGUCUCCCAGUCAAGGGGUGAUGUAGAAGAGGGAGAUGGAGAAGCCCUGCAUGAGGAUGGAAGCUCAGACACUUCACAAACAAGCAUGGACUCAGUGAGAUUCUGGAAGUGGGAGGCAUCCAUGGUUAUCCAGAACUUCUUCAGGGCCUCUUGCAGGACCUUGAUGUUGCUCAGUUGUGACGCCUGCACUUUCUUUUUCAUGUGGCUCCAGGCAUCUUCAGUUGGACUGAGGUGUGUUGGAAUUUUCAGGGCACUCCAAAACAUUGAUCUUGUGCUCCUUUGGGAAUCUCUUUACAGCCAGAGACCUUUGGGCAGGGACACUAUCAUGCAUGAAAUGAUUGUAUUUGUGGAUACAAAGAAACAAGAGCAGGUGUUCCUUCAAAACAUCAUUGUAAUUGUUCUCUCUAGUGGUGUUCUUUGGUAAGAAAUAGAGACAUGCCCUGGUCCUAUUUUUGCUGAAUGAGCCCCACACUAUGAUGCUAUCUGGGUGCUCGAUGGUCUUGACUGUGAACCUUGGGUCUUACUGGGACACAUUUUUGAGGCACCCCUAACCAGCUGGAAGGUGCUCUCAUUGCUGAAUAUGACCUCUUUCUAUUCAUAAGAAAAGCAGCCCCUUCUUCCACAUGGCAACUGUCAUCAGAGGUCUCUUGAUGACAUAGCGAGAGUGUAAAUUCAGGUCUUUCUGCAGCAUAUGUUGGAUCAUGCAGAUGGCAACAUCCUGGAGUAGCCCUGAGUGUUUUUUCUUAACUUCUGUGGCUUGGUAAAGCCCUCUUUCCUCUUGGGAGUCAUACCAUGCUGCAAUGUUGCUGCUGAGUGCUUGAGCAGGUUGAUAGCCUAUCUGGACACCUUCAGUUCAGCUGCUAUACAAAUUACUGACAUGCCCUGCUCCAAUAAGGUCAAAGCACAUGACCCUCUUACAACCCAUUAUCAACAAGUUGGGUGAAUUUAUGAGGGGGCGGGGCUGGGCUUGAGUGGAAAAAGUUACUCUGAAGUUAUUAAACUUUCCCCUUUAGUGUGCAAGCUCUAGUGGCUCACUGAUCCGAUUGAGUGUGUGGCGUGGGGAGGGAUGCCAAGAGUUGCCACAUCACCACAAGCCUUGCCCAGUAUUUGUCCGGUAGCCUAACGCAAGCAAAAACUUUACAAGGAUUUUCAUAUAAAGUUUUCAUUGUGGAAGUUUUGUGAAGAUUUUCAUUGCACCAACUGUACACUGCAAAUUCAGCCUUGUUGCAGGAUAACAGACAAGAUUUUAGUAUAAAUGUGACUUACCAUUGCUUCAAGCAUACACACAUGAUACAUAAUUAUAUCAAGCCUUUACAUAAUAUAUAUGAUGAAAGGUAUAAUGCAUUUUAGAGUAUGGCUAUAUUAGGCCUUGUUUGUAAUAGAAAAAUCAGUGUUUUAUCACAGUGGAACAGAUUGCAUAGGAAACUAUAAUGUAUGUCAUUAGAGGAUUGGAGCAACAAUGUUUGAAGUAGUAAAGCCUUGUGCACACAAAACAGACAGUAUAGAUAGAUAUUCUAAAACCUAGACAGUUUGAAUACACAUAAGUAGAUUUUGCUGUUCUUGCUGCAGUUACUGGACAUUACCAGUUCUGGUCCAAGUCAUUGCUCUCUCUCUCUCUCUCUCUCUCUCUCUCUCUCUCUCUCUCUCUCUCUCUCUCUCUCUCUCUCUCUCUCUCUCUCUCUCUCUCUCUCUCUCUCUCUCUCUCUCUCUCUCUCUCUCUCUCUCUCUCUCUCUCUCUCUCUCUCUCUCUCUCUCUCUCUCUCUCUCACACACACACACACACAAGGUUGGAUAUACAGUUUGCAUCAGACAUUAUUUUUUUAUUUAUUUAUUUAUUUUUCAUAUCUAUUUAUCUGUGUAUCUCUGAUACUUUGUUCCCCUUGGAAGCAUCCUGCAAGGAAGUGACUGUGGCAGAGGAGCCUCCAGCUCACACUAUUCAAGCAUUCAUUUUUUGCUUGCUCAAAUGCUCUGUCUUUAAUAGUAUCUGUUUCACACAUGUGUUCCUUUAUCCCAUCCUUCCACCUUCUGAAUUACCUUCUAUUAGCAACUUCAGAUUCACUCAUACACUUUUUUACAAACCCUUCUGUUUUCAUCCUCAGAGUAUGACUAAACCAUUUAUUUCUUUUCAAUCAUUCCACACACUAUUUCAUUUGCAAAGGUAUUCAUGCUGCAUCUCUCAAGCAUGUUUUCAUUGUUGUCAUUAAUUUUUGUGGUAGGGUCAUUUAAAUCUAAUGUAUUCAUAAUGUGUUGAAAUGGGUAAAUGUGGAGAUGCUGUGUACCUUGGAAAAUACAAUUUAGAGCUCUGUACAUCUUAUAAUUGUGGAACAUGAUAUAUGUUUCAUUUGAAACAGGAAACUGCAGGUGUUAGAAAAUAUACAUGAGUAACUGAAAUGUAAAGUAAAACAUUAAUUUUUCAAAUUCUUCUUGAAAUAUAAUGGUGAAGUUCUCUCUCUCUCUCUCUCUCUCUCUCUCUCUCUCUCUCUCUCUCUCUCUCUCUCUCUCUCUCUCUCUCUCUCUCUCUCUCUCUCUCUCUCUCUCUCUCUCUCUCUCUCUCUCUCUCUCUCUCUCUCUCUCUCUCUCUCUCUCUCUCUCUCUCGCUCUCUGAAUCUAAUGCCAAACAUAAUUUCAAAUUUCCUUGUUGAUGCAGUGUGUAUGAAGCAGAAGUAAUUUUAUGCAAGUUGAGUUUUUUUUUUUUUUUUAUGUAGGGAGGACACUGGCCAAGGGCAACAAAAAUCUAAUAAAAAAAAGAAUGCCCACUGAAAUGCCAGUCCCAUAAAAGGGUCAAAGCAGUGGUCAAAAAUUGAUGAAUGAGUGUCUUGAAGCCUCCCUCUUGAAGGAAUUCAAGUCAUAGGAAGGUGGAAAUACAGAAGCAGGCAGGGAGUUCCAGAGUUCCAGAGUGUGUGUGUGUGUGUGUGUGUGUGAGUGGUAUGUGAGACAUAUUAGUUCCUGAGGAUUUCUUAAACAUAUAUCCCAACUGGUAUUCUCAGCAGUGUUGUAUAUUGCAUUACCAGUAACGUCAUACCACCUGUCUUCUCUGCAUCAUUCUGAUUUUAUUCCAUUUUUAUUUCUUGUUCCAUGUGGCUUGGUUUGUGUGUGUGUGUGUGUGUGUGUGUGUGUGUGUGUGUGUGUGUGUGUGUGUUGAGAAAGAGAAAGCUUACAUACCAUAAAGAGUAAAUUGAGAAUGCUUGAAGGAGCAAAAUAAUUAGAUGUGUGUGUGUGUGUGUGUGUGUGUGUGUGUGUGUGUGGAGAGAGAAAUCAUUAUCACCAUGAAGGGUAAAUUGAGAAUGUUUGAAGGAAAGAAAUAAGUAGACUAAAGAAAAUAAGAAAAAGUUUAAAGAAAAAUGUAUUUGCCAAAGGAAAGAAUACUUCAAUUUUGGAUGUUUAGUUUGUGAAGAUUGCAGGAAUUGAUAGCAAAUGCUGAAAAGCUGAAUUCAAGGAAGGAAGGCAGUCAUUGUAUUGAAAGGCAGAUCAACUAGCAGGGAUGUAAACAUGAAUCUCAUGGACAGUAUUUUUUUACUUGGCAUUUGGUUGUGAAACACAGAUAGUGAAUUCAGAAUUAGACAGAAGACAUAUUAAUGAGUACUGUUAUAUAGAAGUACAAGAGUAGACUUUAGCAGUGUAUUGUUGAGUUGCAAAAUAGAUAAGAAAGAAUAUCUCUGAGAGAGUGUGGACAUGAUUUAAAAGUGGAUGUGGAUAGAGUGCUUGAGAAAACAUUGAUGAGUAAUGGAAAAGGUAUAAGUGAGAUGAUGAAUCAGUAGCAUGCGUGGAAGUAGAUUGGUGCUAUAGUAUGGGAUAUAAUCCAUGGAUCAUUUCAUCCUUAAAAGAAGCUUUCCUGAAGAAUGAGAGCUCACAGUUGGUGAAUUUGAUCAAUACCAUCUCAUGGAUAGGAUAGCUAAGUCCUUAAAGUUAUGAUAUUAAAUUUUGUCAUCAGUAUGGUCAAUAAUGUUAAAAGUAAAGUUGACAGCAACCAGUACACUAAUGUGAUGUUCUGUACACUGUUGUCAUUACACUGUUAAUUGAAUUUGUCUUCUCUCAAUAAUUGUCUCCCACUGAAUGUAUUUAUAUUAAUUUGAAAUAAGUAAAUGCAAGAAAUUACAGGAUGUAACACUUUGAUGUGCAUUUUAGAAUGUACCAAAUGUCAUGGUAAUGAGCAAUGGUAAUAUCUCACAGCCUGCCAGUGCUGCCCAUUCUCUGUGACACCACUGAGAGAACACCACAUUGUGCUUCUGCUGUUCAAUAAUACCACUUGACAUGAAGUACUGAUUGACAGCAGAAAACUAAAUGUUGUGAUGAAAGAUGAGAAUUGGUGAUGUGCAUAAACAUACUGUCAAAAUUAUAAAUACUCUACAGUGACUAAUUGAACAAUACAAUUUAAGAGAUUUAAGAACUGUCAUUUGUAGAGAUUUAAUUCAACAAAUUUUGCACUUGCAUGUGACUAUACCUGGUGCAUCUUGAAACUAAAACUUAGGGAAAUUCUAGUUUUAUGAUGCACAUGACAAAACUAUCUCCAUCCCAGAAACUGAUUCGGAGAUGACUAUAAUGUAACAACCAACCAAUAACAUAUUUAUGUCGGAGAAAAUAAGGCCAGUGCAUAAUAGACUGUCAGAGGGAGGAUUCAAGAAUCAACCAGAAGCUAUAAGUUUGAUCCACUGCAAUGCUUGCCAUUGGAAUUGGUUGCUUUGCAAUAUUCUUAUAAGAUGCGUAACAAACACAUGAUCCGAACUGACAUAGUCGGGAGUUGCUUAAGCUGGGGAAAUGAAUAAUGAAAUGAGUUGUUUAAUAGGAGGGAGUAAGAAGACAUUGUUAGGAAAGUGGUGUGGUCAAGGACAGAAAGAAUGAUCUCACUACAAACAUCAUGCUUUGAAAGUUAUGGAAGUCCUAGGUUUACAGCCAAACAGAUAAAGGAAUAGAAUCCAGAACCACUCAGAAAUGUAAUUAGUAUUUGUGCAAUGCAAAGAAAUUGCACAAAAGUAGAAAUUCCAUAAAUUGUUUGCACAUUAUAUAUUUCAUGUCACUGCUAGACAGUGUAAAAGAUAUUCUUACUUUUGUUUUCUGUGCAUUUUUGUUGUCUAGUAAAUUACAUUCAGAAAUGCAGUUUAUGCUUCUUUUCUUUCACAGUCUUCACCAGUUUUAGGCCUUCAUAUUUAUGUACACAAUGGCAUAUUAAAUUCUCAUGCAUUCUCAUCCAAUAGGAAUAUUCAAGAAUUUAAAUCCUGGCUGAAUAUGAUAAACUAUGGAGAUAGAGACUAUAAACAUUGCUUUUUUUGUAUGUCACAACCAAGUAAAUGCAUAGAUGAAUAUUUUAUAUUUUUCAGAUAUCCUGUGAUUUGACAUCUACCAUUUUAGGAUCCUUUCAUGAUAAGGCCUCAUCUGAUCUCAGAAAUUCAAACUUCUUGGGUCUUUUCAUGCACCCAUUGUAUCUUGUGUUGUAACCAAUGCAACUCCUGUGACGUAUCAUAUAGAUAAGAGGAGCAGUGCCUUACUGAUGGUAAUGUGAUUUUCACCAGCAAAUGUAGUUACGUAGCUUUUUUAUUUAUUUAUUUUUUAUUUAUUUAUUUAUUUUAUUUAUUUAUUUUUUUUCAAAUGAAAUUGGAAAACUUAUAUAAAAGUCAACAUUCCUUUUUGCUAGCUUCACUUUAAUUAUGGUUGAUAUAUAGAGUGCAAAACUUGGAAUCCGAUGCAGAAAGCUUAAUAUGGAUCUAAAAAUUCAGGUGAAAGGUUCCUAAGAAAUGUACCAUUCAUGCUCAUGUAUUAUUAUGAAGUGUUACACAUUCCAUAUCAUAAAGGUAUUCAAGCAAAACAAUAAGUUUUAUUAUACUGUAGGUUCAGAUGAUGUUCCACUUGACAAUCUGUCAGGCAUUCUGUGUCUUGCUUUUGAGUUAGAUUUUGUUUUUAUGAGUGUUAGUGGCCUUAAUUGGAUCUAAACUGCAUAUUAAAAAAAAGUGUCUUCAAGAUGAGUUCUUGAAGACUAGUCAUCUCCUUGUAUGACCAUUAUGCCUGAUGCACCACAGGAGAGUCGUGGCUGUGAGGCUCAGUGAAGAGUUUUGCGUGCUGUUCUGUAAGUAAACAAACAUGACAAGGAAAACUUUUCUGUUACAAAAUGACAUUACUUUAAAUCACAAGCAUAGUAUAAGUGUGCUUUUACCAUUGAUAUUCAGCAUCAAAGGUAUAUUUCAAGAUGAAUUUCCCUGCAUUAUUCUCAAGGAGAUUAUUCUUGGUGUCUAUUUUUUGUGAUAACUUAAUCAUCCCUUGCAAUUCAUGGUUUUGAGUUACUGUCUCACUUCUGUUGUCCCCUCCAAGAUUGUCAUGAUAGUGUGUGUGUGUGUGUGUGUGUGUGUGUGUGUGUGUGUAAAAUUCCAGUUUCCCUUACCACAUAAUCUUAAUGAUAACAAUUUAUAUUUUUACACUUCAUUUAUAAUUUACAUUUCAUGAAUUAUAUGCAGUUGCUUUUGAGUAUAGGCUUAUUGAGUAAUAAAGCAGCUUGAGAUAAUGUACUAUGGAUAAAAGAUUAUCGGUGCAUAAGGGAUCUGAUGAAUACUGUAAUAAUUCGGUCAACUGCUGAUGUUGUGGGUGGGUUUUUGUUUCCUUCAUUCUGCACUGUCAUAAUGUUUCCCACACAUAGUGCACCAAUACUUUUCCUACCCAUAGUACAUGGCUAAACCCAUCAUAAUACUAAUUGUUGUUGAAACCAGGUGGAAGGAUCCUCUUUGCUCUUUCUGGUUUUGUCAUUCAUAACACAGGAAAGAUAAAAGGAAACAAAUACAACGAACCUUUUUCAUACAUUUUAGAGGUUAAAAGUUGAAUCAGUGAAUGUGACUAAUAAUGCUGCCAAUCAUGUGUACACAGAUCAUGUACAUACAUGCAUACAUACAUAUGCACACAUUGACAGGACUUGUUUUCUCAAAUAAUAUGAUGCUUUGUAAACUUACCACUUUUUUGUUUUGAUGUGAUUCUCAUUAGAGUAUAUUCAGAGAAAUCUUAGUGUAUGAAUUACUAGCACUAACAUCAUCACUCAUUCCCAUCAUCAUUAUCAUCAUUAUCAGCUUCUUACUCCAUAAAUAAAGAUGUACUAAUAUGAGGAUCAGGAUUAAAAACAAAAAACAGACUGCCCAGUGAAGUGGGCUACAUGUUCAUUCUCAAACUUUUUAAAUCUGUGCAAGUCACAUUCCACACAUCAGUCCCAGGUUGUCUGCUUUCACCAAACUAAGCUUAGUAAAGGUACAUUCAAAGGAAUUAUGACAUCUUUAAGGAAAAUGUUGAGGACAGAAAUAAAGUUUCCAAUCUUUUUGCUUUUAAUCACAACCCAUUGAGCAUAAAAUUAUUUAUUUUCAUUGAAGUUUUGAAAAUAUGUUGUAAAUAUUAAAUAGGCAAUUGAUUAUCUCUAGUAUAUUAUUUACAUUAUUGUCAUAUAAAGACCACUUGAUUUUCAUUAUCAGGUUUUUAAUGUAAACACACACACACACACACACACACACACACACACACACACACACACACACACACACACACACACACACAAGCAUGAAUAAUACGCAAGCUUGGGUGACAAGCCACAUGAACAUCUUUGUAAACAAAGAAGAUUUUUGUACAUCUUCUUUUGCUUUGAAACUGAUCAAUAGUGCUUGAUAAAUUUGUUAAACAUUAAUAUUGUAUUGUAUCAGUGUAUUUUUACAGGAUGGUUGUACAUUCUUACCUGCAUUUUUUUUUUUUUUUUUUUUUUUUUUGAGGCUUAGAGUAUUGAUAUGAUGGAGUAGAAUAAAUUGUGAUAAAAAAACUGGCUGCAAGCUAGCUGUGUUCCCUCCAGAGACUGUCUCUUGAGGUAUACUGGAGAUACUGACGGACAUAUGAGUAGUACUGACAGGGUCUGUUCAGGGUUGCUGCACUUGUACAUAGGUAUGCACUUAAGGUUAAAAGGAAACAAAUGAGCAUCAUAUAUUUCAGUUGUAGUAUUUGUAUAUAGAAUUAUUUAAUUGAACUUGUAAUAUGGAAGUCCAGAUCCAGAAUUUUUUUUCUGAGUGGUUACCUUGAAAAUGGAAUUUGUACAUCAUGUGAAGCACCCUGUUAUGGUAGUCUUAAUAUAUUUUGAAAUAGUAUACAUGUUGUUAGAAGGAAAGAUGUAGGGACAAAAUUUUAAGGUCCCAUUACUUUAGAGUAAGUUUAUUUAAUUGAUGGAUGUAUGCCAUUGUUAUGUUUGAUUGUGUGUAGUAAUGGGGGAUGAUCAGGAAAAUUCAGAUUUGAUAGGAGAAAAGUUCUGCUUGAUCCAUGAUCCUUGUGGCCCUUUAUAUUCUCGUCAUGUACACACACACUUUCUUUCAUAUAUUUAUAGUUUAAUUAAUGGUUAGAAUUGAGUUAUUUCAUAUAAAGACUUAAGCAGGACUAGUCUGUAUUGACAUUUUGACCCCAAAACUGUGACCUAAUGAACUUUCAUAAGAUUGACUGUGGAGUGGAAAGAAAGCAAAAGAAUGGUUACAGAAGCUCUUUAAUCAAGAAAGCAUAAGUAAAGCCUAAGUGUUGUUAUGAAAUGUGUUUUAUAGUAUUCUCUCUCUGUGAGAAAACUGAGGUUAGGAGAAAAGAGGAAGGCAGUUUAUUAGUACUGUAGCUUAUGCUAAACAUCAGUCUGCUGAUUUGUGUAAAUGUAAUGGUGGAUGCUUAGCUUACAAUUUUAGGUAUCUGAUGUCUCAUUUGCUUUUAAUUUGUUUGUUGUAGUACUGUAUGGGAAAACAAUCUCCAUGAAGAGAGUGCAAUUUUGGUUGUGGAUGUUUGGCAUUUAAUUGAAUGGUGUGAUUUGUUUGUAUCAAACUACUGUAGAUUUAUAUUUGUACUUUUCAUAUUGUAAUCAAAGUUUCCGCAUAGUUCUUUGCUGUAUCCAUUAAAAGAUGUAUGUACAGUACUUCAUGUAAAUCUUGGUUAUUCUUUGUUAUUCACAUUUGCUAAAAUUUUUUUCUUUGAAUGGUAAACUAAUUUAAUCUCAUUUAGUAGUCCUACAGAUUGUCCUAUAUCAGGAUGAAUAAAUGAAUAACCAAACUUUGGUGGCGCAUCAAGUUUAGUGCUUCAUUGGUUCUGCAAAACAAAGUGUAUCAAACUUUGAACAUUGACCACACAGUUGAAAAAUUUUGUUGGUUCUGUGCUUACCUAAAAACUCACUUAGAUGCGUAUGAGAGACUUCUUUCCUUGAAAAUAUCCAGCAGAAUGUCCAAUUCUAAUGGAUCAUCAGCUACUCUCAGUUGAGUUAAAUUUCUUAGUGUAGAUCAUUGGUAAAGUUUACCCAUUGAAACAAAGUACAGCUUCAUAUUUUCCCAGAUUGAGCUUAAGGACAGCUAUGUUGCUUCUUGGUUAUCAAGACUGAAUUGUUUUCUGGGUUAGAAUCAAAAUUACUUAUUAUUACAGUUACAAGCCUUGAUUUGGACUCCUUUCAGUGAACCAAUCUGCAGUGCUUUAUUGUGUAGUUUGCCAAUGAGGCUGACUCAUUGAAACUGGAGUACAGCAUUGUAUCCUUCCCAGGAAACCUUAGGAAUGGGUUGUCAGAUGAUUUAUCAGAAACCAGACUGUCCACUUAACUGUAUACUAUUAAGUCCUUGCCUAGACCAUGAAAUAUGUUUCUACAUCCAAUUGAUGAAAAACAGGCUUACUAUCAUUACCAUAUUAAUGAGACUGGAUGAGUGAUGGAGAGAAGUUAUCAGAUGUGAGGAAGCAAGAAAAUAACCUUUGCAUAAAAGUUGGAUAUUUUUUUUGUGAGAAUAGUUGAGAAUUAUUGUGAAACAUAAAUUCAUCAAUCAAGAUGCCACAAAACUUGAUGCAUCAUUGUAUAGCAUGUGAACUUUGUAUAAACUGUAAUAUAUCCUCCUCCUGAUGAGGGGUGAUGCACAAGGCAAACUGACCUGCAGUAAGCGAUAUGCCUGCAGUCAUGUAAAGCCAUCUUAGUUUAUUGGAUUUAGUAAUCCAAAAAAGAAAUAAAAGCUUGUCCUAAGUCUCUUCAUUUUAGAGACUUAACAUAGAAUGUGAUGAAAAUAUGACCAUAAUAAAAUUGAAGAUAGA